AUGGUUACUUUAAUAUUGGCAAUACUUUAUUGCGUUGUUCUAAUUCACGGAAAACAUUUCAACGGGGGCACCAUUCAUUGGGAACCGAUAGAUCCUUAUGCUAAUUCCUCUACAGUCUCAAUUAGUAUCACGCAGACCUACUCAUGGGCGUAUCCGACUAUAAGUUGUGCAACAAAUGUACCGAUUUCAACUACUGGACGAAGCAGUGCAAAUACUAAUUUGACAUGUAUUGCUGAUUGUUCAACUGAUGGUGGCUAUUCAACUAAACCAAUUAAUAUAUUAACUGACUGUAUUUCAACUAGCUCAUCAUUAGGUAUGAUGACAAGCGAACGAUCAACCAAUAUUACAUUGUCGGCUGGUGCACAUUUUUACUUAUCGUAUAUGGGAAGUGCUUGGAUACCAAUCGAUGAUCCAUCCCAAAGUGGUCUUCAAUGGUCAAUAACAACUUUUAUUGAUAUUCGACUUCGAGAUGAUGGCUUUAUAAACACGCCACCAGUAGCAAGUUUUGUUUCUCCACAAUAUACCGUUGUGAACAAAACUACUCAGAUUCGAAUUCCUGUUUCCGACGCUAAUGCAGGCGAUGAUAUACGCUGUCGAUGGUCAAAAUACAUACCAGGAGUCAAUCGACGAAGACGAUUGAUUGAAAACAAAAAUGAAGAGUAUAAAUCUUUUGGUCAUGUCGAUAAAAGAUUGUUCAUAGACACUGGCGCUAUUUAUAUGAGAAAGAAAAGAGACGGAGAUCCUUGCUAUAACUGUUAUAGGACAUGUGCAAGAUACUGUCCUUGCAGCUGUUCCGGUUGUGUCGGGACUACUUGUACUGGCGGAAGUUGUUCUACAAAGUACACAUGCCCACCAUUAUCACAUACUACCAUAUCGACUACGAUCGAAACUUCUGGAACAAUUGCAUCUACACUGUCGUAUGGCACACGACAAGCUAUUGAUGAAUGUGGUGGUAUUUGUUAUCCAAAUGGUUUACCAAAUGGUACUACGUUGUCCAAUUGUACUCUGUCAUUCACAGGAUUAGUGCCUAAUACCUGGUAUGCAGUUGCUAUUCAAGUAAGUAAAUUAUUUAAAGGAAAACUAAAGCCAUUUCAAAGAAUGAUUUACUCAAUAAUUAUUCAACGAGCAAAUCAAUACUUUAUUGUAACUGGAGCAAUCAUUAUUUUGAAAUAUUUUCCUAACUGA